UGAACUCUUGAGGGCGGUAUUACAAACCGACCGAAAAGUGGAAAAGUGAAAGUUUGGAAACUCGAACUUGUUAGCAAAGUCAUGAAAGUGUUUCUUCGAGUUUGUUGCAAGCCUGGAAAAAUGACAGUUUGAAAAGGAAAGGUAAAAUGAUAAUACAUGGACCCAAAUCGCCAUGAAUGAAUCCUCAACAACAGUCACCAAAUCUGUGAAUAAAAAUGGCUGGACAAACGUCACAGCAAAGCAGGCAACACCAUUUGCAUGAUGGGACUCACAGCUUCCCUAGCUCCUCCCAUAGACGCUGCUGUGCCUGGGCCAUGGUGGGCGUCGGUGGUGUGCUCCUGCUAGUGGGCGUGGUCCUGUUUGUCUUGGGCGUGGUUCCUGGAAGCAUGGCGGGGGAUGUUGUGAAAUGGCUUGGUGCUGUUUGUGGAGUUCUUGGCAUUGUGCUCCUUGUUGCAUCCGUGGCUGUAUACAUCAUUGCAUCGAGAACCAAAGACACUGAGAAUUAUUCAGUGACUAAUGAAGAAUCUACAGUAAGCAAGAAUUGUCAGAGUGACCGCCCCCGUAGCAUUAUAAGAGAGCCCUCCCUCAAACCCAGGGGAGGUUGCGUCAAGGCCACGCCAGGAGGGUACACCAGCUUCCUGUACAGUCCUAACUACAAGGGGGAGGAGCCAACAGGUGAUUAAACCCCUCCUCUACCUGCCCCAGGCCCCGCCCCUGGCUACACCCCUUUCCCAAGGCAGGUUUUCUAACUUGCAAUAUUCUAAUUUUGUAAUGUAUUCUGAAAUGUCUUUCAACACCUGAUGUGUAUUUUUGUCUUUGGACCAGAACUCUAGAACAUAAAUUUUAUGAUUAUAAUGUAUGAAGUACUAUUUUGUUGUUAUCUUUUAAUUAUUUUCUAUCAUCAUGUGUUCAUUUUCUGAUUGAAAUAAAUUGUUUUUGGAAUUGGCUGUUGUGAAAUGUGGUUAUUAGUAAGAUAAUUUGGUUAUAUAGUUUUAAACAUACGAUGAUUUUCAUUUGAAUAUUGUGUUCUUCAUGUGAAAUUUCUUUCAACUGACCAGUGUGAUAAGGAAAUUACUUUCACAUUUAAUCUACAUGUAUUUGAUUUGUUUCUAUUUAACACGUGUGUUGUGGAAUACAAUUUUCAUGUAAAAAUUAAAAUACAAAAAUGAAAUAGACAUGAAA